UUCCACGUUAAUUAACCAAUUCAAUAUCUUUCAAACAAAAUUUACCAAGGGAAGCUUGUGAAGAAUAAUGGCCUCUACUCGGUUCUUCGCUUUACUCUGGCUUCUCUUUGCUUCAGCAUUGUUGUCCUUGGUCAAUGCCGGCGGCAAAACUCACCACCAUGAUUUUGUAAUUCAAGCGACACCAGUGAAGAGGCUGUGCAAAACCCACAACAGCAUCACAGUCAACGGACAAUUCCCUGGCCCAACCUUGGAAGUAAAUAACGGAGACACUCUAGUCAUCAAAAUCACAAACAAAGCUCGUUACAAUGUCACCAUUCACUGGCAUGGGAUUAGGCAACUCAGGAGUGGAUGGGCGGAUGGGCCUGAGUUUGUGACUCAAUGCCCAAUUAGGCCGGGAGGGAGCUACACCUACCGCUUCACAAUUGAAGGCCAGGAAGGAACACUGUGGUGGCACGCCCACAGUUCAUGGCUCAGAGCAACUGUCUAUGGAGCUCUCAUUAUUCGUCCUAGAGAAGGAGAAUCCUACCCUUUCCAAAAACCUAAGCGUGAAACACCGAUUCUUCUUGGUGAAUGGUGGGAUGCGAACCCCAUUGAUGUUGUGAGACAAGCAACUCGAACGGGAGCAGCUCCAAAUAAUUCCAAUGCUUUUACCAUCAACGGUCAACCUGGCGACCUUUACAACUGUUCUAGCAAAG